GAACAAGGAACUGCCGUUUGAGAAAAAAGUUAAAUGUUCUCAUAAUUGGUGUGAAUUAUACGAAGCUAAACAUUAUGGUCAUACUAGUCAUAAUUCUUAUGAAUGUUGGUUUAGAAAAAAGGAACCUCCGUUAAAGAAGAAAAAUUUAAAUGCAGCAACUUCUAAAAAUUUUACUUUAGUUCAAGAAGAAGAAGGCUGGGGCCUCCCAUUGAAAAAUCCUCCAUUCCCAUGGAACAAAUCACCUGAAACAAAAAAGUCACCUGUGAUUUGUGUUUUGCAGGAUUCUGUAAAGAAAAUGACAAUAUUGAAUGG